AUGAAUGUGGAGAGGAAGUUAGAAUCUUUAAGUCUUCAACAGCAACAACAAGAAGAACAACAAGAUGAAAGCGAACAGCCAAAUCAAGGAGUUGAAGAUGAGGAAGAAGAAGAAUAUGAUGAAGAGGAAUAUGAAGAAGAAGAGGAAGAUAUAAACUUUUCAAAAGAAACAUUAGAGGCUGCCAUGGCAACCAAAGUUUCAAUUGAACAAUAUUAUACAUCACUUUUUAAAUCAUUAAAAGAAAGAGAUGAUAGACGAUGCUUUUUAGAGAAAAAAAUGGAAGAAUUAAAUUUAAGAGAAGAACAAAAAUCAGUAAAGAGAAGAGAAUUGGAUAAAAAAGAAACAGAGUAUAUUAAAUCAAGAAGAAUCAGACUCACUGGUCACUCUUUUGAAUCAAUCAGAAUCAUUGGUAGAGGUGCUUUUGGUGAGGUCAGAUUGGUAAAGAUGAAAAAGAAUAACAAAUUUUUCGCAAUGAAAAAGUUGGAUAAAUCAAAAAUGAUUGAAAAGCAUCAAACAAUACAUGUAAGAAGUGAACGUGAUAUUUUAGCUGAUAGUAAUAAUAUUCAUGGAAGUAAUCCAUGGAUUGUUAGUUUAUAUUAUUCAUUCCAAGAUGCAAACUUUUUAUAUUUAAUUAUGGAAUAUGUCCCAGGUGGUGAUAUGAUGACACAAUUAAUUAAAUAUGAUACAUUUACAGAAGAUGCAACUAGAUUUUAUAUAGCAGAAACUGUUUUAGCACUUCAUUCAAUUCAUAAACUUAGUUAUAUUCAUAGAGAUAUUAAACCUGAUAAUCUUUUGAUCGAUCAAAAAGGACAUAUAAAGGUUAGUGAUUUUGGAUUAUGUACAGGUUUACAAACAAAUAGAGUACCAACAUUAGCAGAAAUUUAUAAAAAAUAUGAAGGUGAUAAUAAUAUUAGAGAAGAGGAUCAAACACCACAAAGUAGAUCAGCUAGAUUUGAUUCAUGGAAAAGACAGAGAAGAGUAUUAGCAUAUUCAAACGUUGGAACACCAGACUAUACUGCACCAGAAGUAUUGAUGAAAGAUGGUUACAGUGCAGAGUGUGAUUGGUGGAGUGUUGGUGUUAUUAUGUUUGAAAUGUUGGUUGGUUAUCCACCAUUUUGUUCAGAAUCAAUUAGAGAAACCUAUCAUAAGAUUAUGAAUUGGAAACAAACAUUACCAAAAAUCAUGGAAGAAGCAAAAGCAGAAGUAAACUUAAGUCCAGAAGCACAAGAUCUCAUUGAACGUUUCCUCACCGAUCCAAUGACUCGUAUUGGUUUUAAUGGUGUCGAGGAGAUUCAAUCUCAUCCAUUCUUUAAAGGUGUCGAUUGGAGAAGACUAAGGGAAACCAGACCUCCAAUCAUUCCACAACUCUCUUCACCAACCGAUACUUCAAAUUUUGAUCACUAUGAAGAGGAACAACAACCUGAACCAAUGCAACCAGUUCAAUCAAAAUCAAGAAGAAAGAUCACUUCUUUCGAUAUCCCUUUCAUUGGUUACACUUAUCGUAAUUUUGAUGCCAUGAGAGAUGCCUUUGGUAGUGUAAACAGUAGAGAUGCCUUUGGUAGUAUAAAUAGUAGAGAAGCUUUUGGUAGUAUAAAUAAUAGAGAUUCUUUACAAGGUGCAAAUAUGUAA